CUUUUGUUUUGCUGCUAUCGAUCAUUGAUUGUUUGGUAGCAGCAUGAAUGCGGAUGACCGCAAUAAAAACUUACGACUAGAUAAAUCAGGGGACAACAAAGUGACGGAAAGCGAAAAUCGGCAUCCUGCCAAGUGGACUGAUGGCAAAAAGAGGUGUAUUGGCGCCAGGAAAAGCGAAUCCAACAUCAAACACUCGGGCACCAAUGGACGCACUGACUCCGUCUCUAGUGACGACGAAGAACCACUAUUUCUGUCAAAAAAACGACGUCUUCCGCCAAAGAAAGCUUUGAAAUCUUUUUUUUCAUUUGGAAAAGAAGCUGGAUCAGAUGAUUCAGGCGACUGGCCAUUGUCAACCUCUAGCACGGAAACAAUCAAGAGGAAAGCUUCCCCUAGUAUACCAUCACCACACCUUGCGACUCCAUCACACUCAGAUUACCCUUCAAAACGUCACACUUCAGAAGGUUCUUCCAUCAACGAUAAAGAAAACUCAGUGAAUGAAGUGACGAACUCUAAUGAGAAUGGCACAUUGAAUAAAACGCCAUUACCUAGCCCUAUGUUAGAAGAAGAUCAUCGUCAAUCAAUCCAAUUCGAACAGGCAAAACCAGGGCUAGCUGUACUCCAAAAGGAAAGCCCCUCUCAAACAAACUAUGAUAUACCAUCAAAUACAGAGACAAUCGUAACAUCACCAACAACAACUGAGGCAGUAUCGUCCACCAUACCAAUACAAACAAAACCUGGUGUCAAUGAAGAAAGAUCUCACAAGCGUCAAGCAUCAGCUGCAGGCAGUGAUACAGUGAAUUCAAAAAUUAAUGCGUUGCACCACCGGUCACUAGGACUAUCAGAAAGCUCAAGUUCAAGUGCGUCGGAAAUAAAGCAUUCCAAAAGCCUUCAAGGGUUUGAUGAGAGCUUUUCGACUGACAACAUCUCGUUUCGGUUUCAAGCUAAACAUACGAGGAGCUUCGAUUCUUUAACAGACUUGAUUUCACGUAACUCUCGUAAACGCACGACCAGCCAUUCAUCACGGGAAACGUUGCGUACAAAUGAGGGAAACCCAACCCAUCAUCACCCGACUGGUACAUCAUCUUCAAGGUCUGUACCACGAAAUGAACCAAACAACGAUCGACAAUAUAGGUCGGAUCCCAGAAAAACCUCUAGUCGAUCUCACUCUGACAGAGGUUUAUCAAGGACUGGAUCACACCAUGGAACUGCUGGUAAUGCUCGCCCAUCAUCACACUCUGCAUCAGCACCACCAGCACCACCACCUCCUCCAACUCAUCCAAUGCCGCCAACAACGACAAAAGCUAUUCCGCAAAACCGAGCACAGGACAAAUAUGUGUUGUGGCAUGGCAACGUUCGAUGGGGAAACUAUACACUACAGGACGUCAAUUUGAAGGCGAUUAAUUAUACAGCGGUAGUGGAAGAGAUGCGAUCUGUUACGUGUCAUCGACCCGAAUUAAGUAUUACCUCGUACUUCUCGCAACAGCACCUUGCAGACUACAUACGCUCUCCUCCGCAUAUCUUUGCUCUCAGUUUUCCUGUCGUCAGUGUUCCAUAUGGCAAGCUGAGGAACCUGCUGUCCAUCAACAACGUGGCUGGAUUAGUCUCACUGUCACCUCAAUACUCCUUUGCUGUGGUACCAUGUACAUUCCCUUUGGUGUUGAACGCAGACAUUGAUGCGUCCCUCAAAACAUCCCUGUUCUUCGUUCACAUCGCACUGCCCAGCAUAUACCCUAAUGUCCCUUCCUAUCCCGCUAAUUUACGUAAUGGACAAGCCUUUGAUAUGAGUAGUGUGUAUGAAUGGCAUAUGGUCAUGCGCAUGUACGCUUUACCGAGCCAGGUCCUAACCAUUCCAUCUGGCAAAUCCAUCCUCAUUGUGGAUGAACGGCCUGAGGCAAGUAAGGUGAUGUAUGCCGCACAAAACGCUGGAUACAGAAUAACCAACAACCCCAUGGACCCUAAUUUGCACACCGUUCUGAUCCAUUGCCGGGAUUUUCCAAAUGGAACUAUACGGCGGUUGGAGAUGAUGAAGCGUCUCGGCGUUCAAUUCCUAUUGUUUGGUUACCCUGAUCUAAUUGUGACCGCGAUGCCAAGUACAGAAGUGUUCCCUGAGCGCAGUGGAGGGUAUGUGACGAUCAGUGCUGAAGAAUUGGUGGACAAUCCGGAAGUUCUGGAAGGCAUGAUUCGUGAUGUUGAAGAGCUUAACAAUUACAUGGAAAGCACCAUAGCAACGAAAUGGCAAAUUGUUUUCCCCAACGACAUCUUUAGCCAGAUCACAAUAGCUGCGGGAGAAAAACGAGAAAGGAUGGAUGAAACCAAGUGGGAGUUGAUGAAAGCACUGGAAGGCGAUCGUGUUUCAAUAAUAUCAAGGGUAUUUAAAGCUAGAGAUGCUACGACUAACAAAUGGAUGGACCGCGUGGCACAGGCAUUUGCUUGCAAACGACGAUACUUUGUUCAGGUCACCUCUGCGAGGUUGGACAAUGCAUCUCAUCGCGUUAGCACAGUUGAUCCGCAAGGGUUACAAAAACGAUACAAGCCAAUGACUAGCUUUGGAACUCGUUCAUAAUCUGUACAUAAACCAACUACGAUUCUCGCUUCACUGUAAUUUACAAAUGAAAUAUCAAUAAUGGCACCGCAGAAUGUGUGUAUGUUACCAACUCCAUACUACAUACCGAUUAAUUAGCGUAAUGGUACAAGGUGACGAUAUAGUCGGCAUAAUACUUGAGAACAAGGCUGAGUUGCUUGCGCGUGAUGCCUUCUCGAAACACAAUUUCAUCCAUAGGAUGCCGACCAUUGAGAUAAGGAACCAGCCUGUGAAAAAUUUGCCACAGAAGCAAUGUCAGAAAUUAAAAUGUUCUUAGAAACCCUCUGAUUCCUCACUUUCC